CCCGCCCACGUCCAAUGGCUGCCAAGUUGUCUAUAAAUGACAACGUCGCUCCUGUAUCAAACACAGAGGAUGCAGCUGCAGUUGUCAACAGACAGUCACCUCCUCAGUCUGGAUGGAGAAAGAGCCAGAAGUUUACUCUGAAGAUUCAGGAUCAGAUCCUCUGCAGAGCAGCAGGAUGCACAGCCCGACAGGUCAUUCACGCCCAACUGGAAAGAUCCAGGUGCUGGGCGACACAAUCCAGUUCUCUGUGGAUGUGAGUGAAUUCUGUCCAGAGGAUGUGAUCGUCACCUCCUCAAACAACCUGCUGGAGGUCAAUGCUGAGAAGCUGGGAGUGGACGGCACAGUCACUAACACGUUUUCCCACCGGUGCACGUUGCCGUCAGACGUUGACCCGGUGUCUGUGAGCAUGUCUCUGGGGAGCAGCGGGAUCCUGACCGUCACAGCUCACAGGGUUUGUUCUCUCUGAGUGUGUGGUUUAACCAGUAACACUUACAAUGUCUGCACUAAACCACUCAGUGGCCUGGACUUUGGCGCCCCUUAGCGGCAAUAAACUGAGAAGACCCAGCCGGAAGUCAAGUUUACAUCGUGUCCGUUAUUUCCUGCCCAUUCAUUUGCGUUUGUGUAUUAGCUUAAAGACAAUAAAAAGUAUUUAAAUAAUGUGUAUUAUUGAGUAAAAACAACAGCUUAGAUAUUUGUACCGAACAAUUCUGUUGUAACACAAUGACAAAACGCUAAAAACACAGACAAAAAAAAACAAAAAAACAGUACAACCUGUAAUAUUGUCUUGGUUAGAUUGGUUAGCAGGUUAGCUAGUUUCUUUUCUUCUUUCCAAAUGUUUAUCAAUUUUACCACAAACUCGCAGCUAUAACACAUGUUUAAUAAUCUUUACAUCUGAUGUGAUUACUUUUAGGAGAUAUUUAUAAAAUAUGAAUAAAGUUCAGUGUUAUCUUAAAGAAUAAAAACCUGAAUCUUUCCACACAUUGGA